AUGGCUAGAGUCUCCACGCGACAAUGGUUCCCAUUCCGAAGCACCUUUCUCACGCGCCCCAUCACCACCACUACGCACACUUCACCUUCUUCGCUCCCUGAAGCAAAAAAACAAGGAUUUUUCCUCUUCUCUCAAUUCGAAACGCUUCUUCGAAACUUGUGCCGAAGCGCUCGCCACCUCCUUCAAAUCCAAGCCCUCCUCGUCACUACCAGCCUCUUCCGCAACCCCUUCUUGGCACGCACCGUUUUGAGCCGGGCCUCCCACUUAUGCGACGUCGCUUACACCUUAUUGAUCUUUCGCCACAUUAACUCCUCCGACACCUUCUGCGUCAACACCGUGAUCCAAGCUUAUUGUAAUAGUGAUGUUCCUCAUCAAUCUGUUGUCUUUUACUUUCGCUCUUUGAUGUGUGGAUUCUUUCCGAAUAGCUACACCUUUGUUCCACUCGUUGGCUCUUGUGCGAAGAUGGGUUGCAUUGAUUAUGGGAAAGAGUGUCAUGCCCAGGCCACCAAGAAUGGUGUUGACUCUAUGUUGCCUGUACAGAAUUCUUUGAUUCACAUGUAUGCUUGUUGUGGGAGUGUUCAGCUUGCUAGGGUGUUGUUUGAUGGCAUGUUGAGUAGGGAUUUGGUUUCGUGGAACUCGAUCAUUGAUGGACAUAUUAAGGUUGGGGAGUUGAAUGCUGCACACCGAUUGUUUGAUGAAAUGCCUGAGAGGAAUUUGAUUACUUGGAACGUCAUGAUUAGUGGGUAUUUGAAGUGUAGGAACCCUGGUUAUGCGAUGAAGUUGUUUCGCAGAAUGGGUAAGUUGGAAAUGAGGGGUAAUGCUAGGACUAUGGUCUGUCUGGCUACGGCUUGUGGUCGGUCCGGUAGACUCAAGGAAGGGAGAUCGGUUCAUGGGAGCAUUGUUAGGAUGUUCGUGAGGUCAAGUUUGAUUCUAGAUACGGCUUUGAUUGAUAUGUACUGUAAGUGCAGGAAGGUGGAGGCUGCGCGGAGAGUGUUUGAGAGAAUGACAGAAAGAAAUUUGAUUUCGUGGAAUGCAAUGAUCUUGGGGAACUGCAUUCGGGGGAAUCCUGAAGAUGGACUGAGCCUGUUUGGCGUAAUGGUUGGAAUGGAUGGAGCUGAGAGUGAAGAGAGUUUGAGGUUGCUUCCUGAUGAAGUAACCUUCAUUGGCGUUCUCUGUGCCUGUGCUCGGGCGGAGCUGUUGGCUGAGGGCAGGUCUUACUUCAAACAGAUGACUGAAAUGUUUGGUGUGAAGCCCAACUAUGCUCAUUUUUGGUGCAUGGCAAACCUUCUUGCGAAUGUGGGGCUUGUUGAUGAGGCGGAAGACUUUCUUCGGAGCAUGGCAAAAUUUGACGGGCAUAUAUCAUGUCAAUCGUUUUUAUGGGCAAGUUUGCUCGGUUUAUGUCGUUUCAAGAGGGAUGUGUACUUGGGGGAACGAAUUGCUAAGCUUCUUGUUAACAUGGAUCCUAAGAACCUGGUGUAUUACCAGUUUCUACUGAUCAUUUAUGCCGUGUCUGGUCAAUGGGAGAAUGUUUCUGGAGUGCAAAAACUGAUGAAGGAAAGAAGGCUAGGGGUAAUACCUGGAAGCAGUCUUGUGGACUUGAAAAAUAUUGUCCACAAAUUCAAAGUGUCAAAUAGAGACCACGCGGGAAUUGAAGAAAUAAAUAUGAUGAUGGAUGAACUAGCUCAUAGAUUAAGGUUGCCAAGUGCUGAUUUAAGCCAGUCAUAA